AGAACAGUUCUGUCAGCAAAUCACUUUCAACACUUUUAGGAAUGACUACAAAUUGAUAUUUACCAACUUAAUACCAGUUGGAACAAAUACCAGUAUUGUUAUCAAAAUGUAAAAUGCUGUAUCAAAGGCACUCAAAUGUAAAUGUCUUUCUCAUUUCCAUCAACACAACUGUGUAUGUCUUUGUUUUUGUGUCUCUUAUGUGUCUCUCAGAAUCUCUCAGUGGUGCCAGGGUAUUGGUUACUGGGGCCAGUACGGGUAUUGGGGAACAAAUGGCCUAUCACUAUGCCCGCUUUGGUGCCCAGAUAGUAAUUACAGCAAGGAGGCAGAAAGUGUUACAGCAGGUGGCAGAGAAGUGUCUGAGUUUGGGAGCCCAGAAAGCACUCUACAUAGCAGCCGACAUGGCCAGUGAGUCGGACCCCGACAAAGUCGUAGAUUUUGCAAUUGAAAAGCUCGGAGGGUUGGAUUACCUAGUUCUCAACCACAUUGGGCCGAGCCCCUUCAGCAUGUGGGAGGGUGAUGUGGAUCACACCAGGUGGCUGAUGAAGGUCAAUUUCUUCAGCUACAUUCAGAUGGCUUGGAGAGGUUUGGCCUCCCUUGAGCAAAGUAAAGGAUCACUCGUGAUCGUUUCAUCACUUUUAGGUAAAAUGUCCAGUCCCUUCGUUGCACCGUAUACCUCAACAAAAUUCGCCUUGAAUGGUUUCUUCGGGGCCUUUCAGCACGAGCUGGCUAUGAAGAAGAGCAACGUGUCCGUCUCUAUAUGCACACUGGGGCUAAUUGAUACCGAUUCAGCGAUGGAGAAAGUCAGGGAAGUCACUAGUGUACCAGCCUACCCUGCCACAGAUGCAGCCUUGAACAUCAUCAUUACAGGAGCUACAAGACAGUCGGAGCUCUUCUACCCUUGGUUCACCUACAUUGUGUCUUUGACCAAAGACUGGUUCCCUUCCUUCACAAACUAUGCCAUCCAGAAAUCAUACAGCUACAGCCCAUGAAACACAUAAAUGAUGUAAUUAAUAUAUUCCACUUCCCAAAUUUAGCAUUUAUGAUAUUAAACAAAACAAAUUGGUCCUCUUUUCCUCUCCUUUUGGGAGAGUUGCAAAGAAAAGCUCAUCAAUUGUAUUUGUUUCCUUUUUAGACUACCUCCAAAGAGAUUUAAAAAAGCACACAGGAGGAAACGUUGGUGGAGAGCAGAGGACCCCUUUUUUUUUCUUCGUUUUCAGAUUCAGUGGUGUUUGGUAAAUCACACUUUACACAUUACUGCAAUUAUGUGGUAAAAGUGAGAGACCUGGUAAAAGGAGAAAAGGAAUAAACGCUGUAUUUCUCUUGCUUGUGAAAAGUAUACAGUCUUUAACACUCAAACACUAGGCCACCAGGAACCCUAAACAAUUUAAUUGAGGACAACCUUUGAACAUUCAAAAUUAGACGGUUUUUUUCACUUUGUAAUCAAAACAUUCAGUCAUGCACACUUAUAAGAGUCAAAUACAGACUCAAUACCAUGCCUGUUGAAAAAGACAUUAAUCGGGAUGGAACAGUACUUGCAAUAUCCACAUGAGGGCAGUAGUGGCAAAGUAGUGAAGUCAUGACUUCAUCAUAUCUGCAGCAGCCAGUGAAAUCCAUUCUCACAAAACAAUUUAAAACAAAAUCCUUAAUAACAGACUAUCAUGCAUUUAAGGAAGAUGUAGCAAAUUGGUUUGAAACCUUUUAAUCUAAAAUACUGACGUCUUUGGUUGCAAAUAUAACCGAGUCCCGUGUGUUCACAGAUGUAAUCAUCUGUUGUUGUUUUUUUAAACCUCCAUCACCAUAUCAAUCCUCACCCUCACUGUUCCUCUUCCUGUCUUCUCUGUUCUCCACCCCUGGAUUCCUCUCCAUCUCCAUUCUUCUCUAUUUCACUUAGUUCCAUCUUUCCAAAGUUGGCCACAGUAGGCGUUACAGACUUCCUACAGAGCAGGACUUUCUCAGUGGAUUCCUUUGUGUCUUUGUUCAUCAUCCC